CACGUGCGAACGUCUACUUAAAUUAGAAGCCAUCGGAACAGCCACCUUACUGCUUCGAGCAAGGGUUUAGGUCACCGCCUCGCUCGUCUCGCUUUGUGGCCGCGACCUCUGUAGCUCGCCAAUAAGAAUGAGGUUGAUUGCUCAAUAGACUACAUUUCUACCUAGGUCGUGAUUCCUUGUUGGAGCAAAUCACAUCUUUCUCUUUCCCAUUCAUAUCUGGAGGUAGAGAAGGAUGAAUGCUCCUGACCGUUAUGAACGAUUCGUUGUGCCCGAAGGUACCAAAAAGGUUUCAUAUGAGAGGGACACCAAGAUUGUGAAUGCAGCUGCUUUCACUAUUGAACGUGAAGAACACACUGUAGGAAACAUCCUUCGAAUGCAGUUGCACAGGGACCCUAAUGUGCUCUUCGCAGGCUACAAGCUCCCUCAUCCUCUGCAGUACAAAAUCAUAGUUCGGAUCCAAACAACAAGUCAGUCUUCUCCGACACAAGCUUAUACACAGGCAAUUGAUGAUCUUGACAAGGAGCUUGACUAUCUGAAGAAAUCUUUUGAGGACGAGAAGAAUCGGUACGAAGAGAAGUUGAGGCAGGGAUAUUAAUUUGGUAGAUAUGGCUGUCCAGUGGCUGAAAGCAGGAACAGUUCGUGCACUAGCGUAUUUAGAAUGACUAAAUUGUCUAAUGCCCCUCUGCUACCUGCAAAAACUUUGGAAUCACGUACGAAAAAUGUGGGCCGAGUUUAAUAUCUUAGGUGGAUUUAAUGAACAGUGACAAGAUGGUGAAUGAAUAUUCUUCAGUUCCACUUACCCGUAAACUCUUGAGUAGGCAAUCCCUUGGUCAAUAUGGCCGCAAUUUGUUCUAUUGAGUACGUGAAUUUAUAUGUUUAUCAGUCUUGCAAUCAAACUUAUGUUUUAUGAAUUACCUAUCUAUCAUUUUCCACA